GCGAGAAAGAGUUGAGAGGAAAGUGUGUGUGUGUGUGUGUGUGUGCAAUUUCGAGUCGCCAACAACGAACGAACAACAGCAACGACAGAGCAACCACAACCCACCCAACACACACGCACACGCACUCAACACACAUACACACACACGCUCACACGCUCACACACAGCGUGCCAUGGAGCGGGAGCCGCUGCUUGCGGGCGGCGACGCCGUUGGCUCUGACGAAGACGAUGACCACCGUCAUCACGACCGUCAUCACAGCAGCAGCAACAACAAUCUUGAGGUGACUGGCGACGACUAUGCGAUGAACGAGGCCGCACAGGCAUCUGGCAAUGACACACAACAGUCGCAGCAACGCCAACCACGACGGACCUCGAGACACAGCCAUAACCGCAACGCGAACAACAACAAUCAUGAUGACAAUGACGAUGAUGAUGGUGAUGAUGAUGAUGAUGAUGAUGAUCAGAUGCUGCAAGGUGAUGGCCACGCUGCUGCUGAUUCCAUGCGCGCGCCCCUGUUGCCGGAGCGCGACAGGCAGUCGUCAUCGCACUCGUCCGUGUCAGCGCUACCGCCGACAACACCUGAUGACUCCGCGGGAUCAGAUGAGGUGCCCCCAUACACACCGACAGCCACACAACAACAGCAACCAUCACCGCAAACACAAGGACAGCAGCCAUCGUUGACAGGGACACACGGCGGUGAUGGUGAUGCUGGUGGUGGCGGUGGCGACAGUGAUGAGCUGCCGGAUGCACCACCCACAUACGAGGACGCUGUCUGGUUCAACGCGCGGCCCGUUGACGCCGACAUCCCAUCGCUCUUGCAGGCGACGGGUGCGGGUGCCAGCGGCAACAGCGCAACCACAGCAGCAGCAGCAUCAACAUCUUCAACGUCCUCGCAGCCACGUCGCCAUCUCAUGAGCACGGAGGUGUCGCGUGCACUCAUGACCCCGCGAACGGUCGUCCUGCAGCGCUCGCACGGCGGCGUUCCGGCCCUCAACACCGCCGGCAAUGGCGAUGGUGCGCCCAAUAUGGACGACGACAGCACCCCGCCCGCAUCAGGCCUCCCGUUUGCGAUGUGCUCGAUGCUGUGCUGCCCGCUUGUCGGCGGGAUUGCGGUGUGGCACGCCCUGCGCGUCAACACCACGUGGCGCACAAACGACCACCGCACCGCAUACAUGCACGCCGUCAAGGCGCGCAAGUAUGCAUCCUCGGCGAUAUUCUACGGCUUCUUGAUUGUCCUCAUCUACGUGUUUGCCUCGUCAGAUCCAGACGCAUAG